AUGCACAUUCUGGUUACGAACGACGACGGGCCUCCGUCGAAUCAGUCUUCCCCCUAUGUCCACUCCCUUGUCCAUACCCUUCAAUCCGCUGGACAUAUUGUCUCCGUCGUCCUUCCUCACCAGCAGCGGUCAUGGAUCGGCAAGGCGCACAUCGUCGGCGCCUCUGUGAAACCAACCUACUUCCGCCCGGGCACACUACACAAGGACGACGGCACCAUCCACCCCCUGCCACGGGGCAGCCACAGUGACGAUGACGAGGAUGGUGAUGAAUGGGUUCUCAUCGAUUCCACCCCUGCCAGCUGUGUGCAGAUUGGACUGUAUCAUUACUUUCAAGACCGAGGACCGGUCGACCUGGUGGUCUCGGGCCCGAACUAUGGACGCAACACGACAGCUCUCUUCUCGCUAUCAAGUGGGACCAUUGGUGCUGCCCUCGAGGCUGCAGUAUGCGGCAAAAAGGCUAUUGCGCUAUCCUACGCUUUCAGCACUCGGAGCCAUGACCCGGUUGUCAUCGCGGAAGCCUCCCGUCACUCGGUGCGGCUGAUCCAGUACCUCUACGAUAACUGGGCCGAUGGUGUGGACCUGUACACGAUAAAUGUGCCUCUGGAGCCUGGCGUUAGUGAGAAUAAAAUCUUAUAUACCCAUAUGCUUGACAAUCGGUGGACUUCUGGUAGCUGCUUCGAAGCUGUUGACGCCGAAGUGUCUGGCGAAGACCCCGCGUUGCAAGAGAAGAAACUGCGACAACAUGGCGAAGGUGAGUUGGGCGCAGUGAAUGGUUCUUCCGAGAAGGAAACGCCCAAGAGGAAGCCAAGGCUGCAGCACAAGCACUUCAAAUGGGCCCCCAAGUUUAAUGACGUAUAUCGGAGUGUGGAGGAGAGCGCUCCCGGAAACGAUGGCUGGGCUGUCAAGGAAGGAAUGACAAGUGUUACCCCUCUCAAGGCGAAUUUCAUGCACGCACCUGGAAUUCAGGGAGAGAUAAAGCUAUCUCUAGAGACUAAUAUCGAUAUCACUCUUAUUGUUUUCGUCUCUCGCCUGUGUUCCAUCUGUUCCGAGAUCAUUCUGAUACCUUCCUUUGCAUCCAGGUUAAAUAAUAAGCCGGAGUUCUACUACCUCAUCAACUACGAGGAUGAAUAUGUCCAGCCACUUCUGGAACAAGCCUUGCAGUCGUCUCUAAAAGGAGUCCACUGUACUGCGAUUGCCUCGAUGUCUGAACUUCCGGAUCCCUCGGUUCCCGUGCUCCAGUAUCGUGCGUACGAGAAGCUUGAUUUCGACCAUGUUCUGUCGCAUCCGUCGACAUCCCUGGCAAACUCAUAUGUUAUUCGCAAGGCUCUCAUCCGCAAGCAUUAUCUCUCCACCACCGUGUCCAAUUGGAUCUCCAAGUACCCGGACAGCAUCCUGCGAAAUCAUUUCAAGCCCGCAGUCGACUUUGAGCUGGACUAUGCAGAGUUUCUCGACGAGGCGCUGAUGGAGGCGUAUGAACUACGUGAGAGUUUGGAGAAUAACAAUACGAAGCCUGAGUCCGAGAAAGAAUGGUGGAUUCUAAAGCCGGGGAUGAGUGAUCGUGGACAAGGGAUCCGCCUCUUCAACAGCGAAUCUCAGCUCCAGGAGAUCUUCGAAGAAUGGGAGGUUGAUGAGUCUGACCUGGAGAAUGACGAUGGGGAUGAACCGCACACCUCUUCCGGUCCAAGCUUAAAGGAGAAAAAUGAGCAAGGAGUGGUGACCUCGCAGCUUCGACAUUUCAUUGCGCAGCCAUAUAUUGACCCGCCCCUUCUCUUGCCAUCGUCUUCAGGCCGAAAGUUCCAUAUUCGUACUUACGUACUUGCUGUGGGCUCCCUGAAAGUCUACGUUUUUAGAGAGAUGCUAGCCCUCUUUGCGGGGAAACCAUAUCGAGCUCCCUGGGAAGAAACUGACGAAUUGCGAGACCUGUCAAGACAUCUAACCAAUACCUGUCUUCAGGAAGGCGGCAGUUCCAAUGAGGGAAGUGUCAGACGGUAUUGGACUCUGGACGAUUCUGUCCCGGGACUGGCUGCCGGAUGGAAAGACCGGGUAUUCGACCAGAUAUGUGCGGUUACUGGCGAGGUGUUCAACGCUGCUGCCCAGGGCAUGCUUGUGCAUUUCCAGACCAUUCCAAAUGCUUUCGAACUUUUCGGGCUCGAUUUCCUGGUCGACUCGGCAGGCACUGUAUGGCUUCUUGAGGUAAACGCCUUCCCAGAUUUUGGGCAGACCGGUGAGGAACUCAAACGGGUCGUGGUUGGCCGCCUCUUCGAAGCUGUCAUGGAGGUGGCUGUAAAGCCCUUCUUUAAAAUCUCUGGGGCGCAGGGAGAGGACAGAGACCUGAGGCUCGUGACCGAUUUGGAUCUCGGCAGAAAUUACCAAGAGUAA